GACUAGUGAUAGGGAUUCUCCUUCUGUUGCUAUGGUGACGGUUCUAUUGCCGCCAUCUUGGAACAAAACAUUGUACGCGGAAAGUGUUGUUGGGUUUGUGCUUUGUAUUUGCGUAGAAAAGGGUUGAAAUUGCCAUAAAUCAUGCCUCCGAAAAAGAAAGGAAAGAAGAGUGGUAAGAAAGGAAAGAAAAGUGGGCGAAAGAGCGCCAAAAAGUCCGCAUCUGCGGCGCCAUCUACAGAAAUGUUGACCGAACUAUCCAAGGAGUUUUUCUUGAUCCAAAUUCGCGAUCUUGAGGAACGAUUAUCAAGAUAUCAGAAAAAGUGCGACGAGUUAGAGCUGGGAAAUCACGAUUACAAGUCUCAGUACGAGCAGCAAACGACUGAUAAAAAAGAAAUCGUGUCUUUCCUCAAGAAACAACUCGAACAACGAGCAGAUGAAAUCGCCGACUUACAAGACCGGCUAAUCGGGCUUCAGCAGGCGAAAGAUGCCGAAAAGGAUCAAUUUGAGGUUCAACUAGCGACUCUUAGGACUGAAAUGCAGGAGAUCAAAGACCAGUUAACGUCUGAGAACAUGGUACUUGGAGGGAAGCUGGCUUCAUUAGAGGAAUUCCGUGUUCAGAAAGAGGAUUUAAUGGCUAAGUUUGCUAAGAUGGAAGAAGAACUCGAGAAUCAACAGAAAGAGCAUAAGGAGGUCAUCUAUAACUUGGAGAGAAAAGCUGUUGUCGACAAAGACAGGUUGAAGAAAGAAAUGGUCCUGCGACUAAACCAAGUUGCUGCAGAGUUUCGUAAAGUCUCCAACAAGCAAAUGGCAGAAACAACAAAGAGAACAAUACGCGAGAAUGUUUCAAUCAAUGCACAGCUCGCAAAGAUGUCAGACAAGACUAUGGAACUUAUUCAAGAGAAUGAUGAGCUGCGGGCCAAAGAAAAGAAACAAAAGCUUCAAAUUGACAUGCUCGAGCACAAUGAGAAAGAGCUAGCCAGGAAAAACAGCAGUAAUCAAAAGAUCAUUCGGAUGUUGGCAGAGAAAUCUAAACAGCAGGAGCAGAUGCUACAGGAGUAUGAAGAGCAGCAGACGGGCCAAGGCGCAGUAGAGAGUGAAGUACAGCUACUAAGGGCACAGGUUAACAGCAUCAAGGAUGAACUUAAGACCACAUAUGACCAAAAGGAGUCACUUGACACAGAGCUCACCAAGGUCAAAAAGGAUCGGGACAUAGUGAUGAAGACCAAGGAUAACCUGGUCAGCAUUCUAUCGGGUGCUGCAGGGACACUUAAGGUCUCCCUUGUGCCUCCUGCAGAUGACAGUCUUUAUGGCAAAGUUGAUGCAGAAAUGCAGCGUGACACUAUUGUUCAAACCCUGCUUGGAAUACUGAACAGGGCUGCCGAGUAUGGCGUUGGCCCUAGCACCAGAGACUUUGUGCCCCAGGAGCGAACAAGAGGGUAUUCCAGUCCAAGUCCUGAUAUUGGCAGGCACAUAUACAGAAAGAAAGAACCGACUACCCCUCUUACCAAAGGUUCAACAGCUGCCGUCAUGCGACCACUCCCGCACUACAAGCUAGGCGAUCUUGGGAUCGUCCCGCGCGCGAAUGCCAAGAUGGGUGAUAAUCAGAGGGCAGCAUCGCCUUUGCACCACCCCCCUCCUAGCAAAAAGACUAAGAGCGUUGGUGUACAGACGAUCAGUGCACAAAAGGCUAUGUUCUUUGCCGAUCAGCUGCUUUCUCGUCGGAGUAAUUCAUCCUCAGCUCACUCUUUCUCUCGCCCGGAUUUAAACACCACAGGGAGCCUACGCACAGAGCUGCCAAUCAGUCAGCACUCAAGAACAAAGAUUUUAUCAUAAACUCCACCCUAGGAAGAAUUGAUGCGCGAGAAAGGCAUAACCAGGAUAUAGCGCAUUGAACAUAAAUAUUAGAUUUUUUAAAGCUUUGAAUUUCAAGCCUACGGGGGUUUGUAUUUUGGAAUAAAACUGUACAAAAUGUAAAUAAAGUAUACAAGUACUAUCA